CUAUAUACUGCUACUAUAAGAUGUGUUGCAUAAAACGUGCCAAAACACCAAUCCAAUACCUGUGGUAUGCAUUCAUUAUUUAUUGUUCAGACAGCAUUGUUCGCUAAGCUGUUUUAAUUAACUACCCACUUUAACACAACACAGAUUUCUGUGGGGUUAGGUUUAUUAACAUUGGUCAUUAUGAAGUGCAUUUGGUUCAUGUUGCUUGUAGUUAUAAGCGAGGUCAAUUCAAAUAAACCGCUGACCAGCGGAGGGAGUUUUGAAUUAUCUUCGUUUUCGGCAAAUGCUAAAACAAAAGCAAAGAUCGGCUACAUGAUGUGCUUGCCUAAAGCUCCAGAUUACGUUCACGCAACAGCAAGACCGAGCGACCCAUCUUUACCCCACAAGUUCAACGUGGCCAUCAUUGAAAUUAACAGAGGACACUUUAUGAUUGAAUUGGAGCGAGUUGAUCAAGCUACAGGGUGGGAUACAAUGAUAACUGUGGAUUGGUCCCUGUAUAUGGGUAAAGGAAUGGUUUAUCAGAAUAUAAUCCUUUGGUUCCCUGCUGGUGCUUCAGUUGUAAAAGAAUUAAACCUCACUCAAGCAAUAAAAUUUUGCGCCGAAAGCGGCGGUCGAUUGGUGGAUAUUGUGGAUAAAGCGAUGUACGACAUAGUUUAUAACUACUGUCGACAAACCAUCGUAUUCCCCAUCAGACCAGCUACCCAUGCUGAUAUUUGGCUCGGUUCAAGUUACAACACAGUGGCUGAUACAGUAACACAAAGCAAUGGAAAUCCUGGGUAUAAUGGAGAUUGGCACCCUGGUACUCCGUAUAGGGGAGAUCCGACCGACACCGGUUUGAGGCUUAGCAUUAGACCACCAAGUUCAACCACCUCCGACCAUGGAUUGGUCAAUCUUACCCCGGCAUUUGAUCUUCCAGUUACACAAUUGUGUUCAGCUAACCUAAUGUAACCUAGUUAGCACGAAUUACUGUCUGUCAAAUAAAUGUGAAUGCAUAACCUA